AUGAGCUGUCAGCAAACUUCCGCCCCGCCCCGUCCCGUUCCUGCCGAGCGGACAGCCUCGGGGGGCUUCAGAGCGUACUGGAGCCACGGCGAAGGCAGUUUUACGCUUGUCAGUCUGAACCACACGGGCAACACCGGCUAUCAGGGCGACCACUGCCAUCCUGGAAUGUCUCUCAGAGGACCAGGCGACACUCUGCUCCUCCUGGUCCUGAACAUUUUAAACACUCGAGAGAAGAAGCGUCCUGGUCGUCGGCCUCGGUCCUCGUCACUGAAGUCUUCCAGCUGGAUGUUCAGAUUUCUCACCGCUGCCUCCACAAACCAGUCACUCUGGAGCAGGGCUGAGGAGAUGGGUCCCUUCCUGGAGACUUCUAGCUGCCUCUUUAGCUACGGCUUUUAG